AUGACAUCCUCUAGUGGCACGGACAUAGAUGCUGGCUUGGCGGCUAUGGUGAUUUGUAUCUGUGUCCUUGGUGUGAUUUUGAACCUGCUUGUCAUUCUGGUCGUGGCGCUGAAUCGCAACAUGAGGGCCAGCACGGACCUAUUCGUGGUGAAUUUGUCCAUUAGCGAUAUUCUGUUAGCUGGACUGGCCUUACCUCUCAAGAUCAACACAGCUCUCUACGCUGAUGGUGACUUCCACGGGGGUGACGUGGGCUGUAAGCUGAUUCAGUUCGUUCCACAGUUCAGUAUUAUGUGUUCCAUAUCUACAAUGGUGGCCAUUUCGUUUGAUAGGCUAUUCGCCAUCACCGAACAGAAGUACAUGCGCCUUCGAGUAACAGCUGUCCUGAUUGCCCUGAUAUGGGUUAUCGCCCUUGCUACUUCAGCGCCGCAGUUGUACGAGUACUCCGUCAGUCUCGAGGUGGAAGAGUACGAUAACGAUACUCACGUCUCGUGUGGGUCACAUGACAUCCCGGAGAACUUUGAAACUGUGUACGCGUGCAUAGUUCUGGUAGUCUCGUACGUUUUGCCUCUGAUGCUCAUCGCUGGAAACUACGGUCGACUGGUGGUGUUUCUGUAUAAGAGAAGCGUUGUAACGACUGGCACUAGGCUCGGACAAGGAGGAAAUCAUGUGAUGAGGAGUAAAAUCAAAGUCUUGAAAUUGUUGAUCUGUCUGACAGUUAUCUUCAUCAUUCUGUGGAUGCCAUACUUUGUUCUCUUCACAAUCGAGGAAAUAACUGACACGGAUAAUAGCUCAGAGUCGGCAUCCGCUGCUCACACAGUCAAACAUUUGAUGAUUGCCGUCAGUACCAUCACCAACCCCAUUCUCUACGCGACAUUCAACAAGACAUUUCGGCUAGGACUGCGCAGACUCGUACCUUGCUGUAAACAGGGCCUUGUUGGGGACGUUGGGGAAGUUGGGUGCGGGGAAGCCGGAAGGAACUUUGUCGGAGACAAGACUGUGUCCACUACAGCUGUAUAG